UUGUGGGCAUGAUGAUUGUAUUGACCCAGACCGAGAGUUCGCUCACAAAGGACACCGAGCCCAUGGAACAAUACAGAGAUAUUGAAGAUAAACAACGCCGCUUGAACGGAGGGAUCUUCUAUAUCAAAGAGGCUAUCUGGUCCAACGAAAGCUUUGAUGAGGAAGGGCUUCCAGUCGCUGAGGUUGCGAUAGCGGAGACCGUGCAAGAGAUCCAGGCAAUAUAUGCGCCAGGACCAUAG